UUGCUUAUUAAUUUACCUUGACACACGUAAUGUUCGGCGAGUUUAUAUAUAUCAGUUAUAAACGACGCUCUGCAUUGAACAUUGAGCAAGCUUUGAGUUUGGUGUUGGAUAAAAAAAUGGGUGCCAUAUUUUACUCGCUCGUGGUUUUGAUGCAAGUGACUGCGUUGCUGUCUACAUCUCCUCCAAAAUGCAAGCCAUCAGACUCCGAUUGCCUGAAGUCAGCGGCUCAAGCCUUGACCCCGCUGCUGGCGGCCGGCAUGCCCGCGCUCGGCACGGAGCCGCUAGACGUCAUGCGCGUCGACGAGAUCCGCAUGGACCUGGCCGGCCUGCGGCUCAACAUGACCAACUCCAGUAUCAAGGGACUUAAGAACGCAGUUAUUGACAAAAUCAAAUUCGACAUGACUAAAAAGCAGCUGGUGAUUGUGUACCACGCUGACGUGGAGCUCACUGGGAAGUACAAGGCAGCCGGCCGGCUGAUCAUUCUUCCCAUCAGCGGGGAUGGAGACGUCAAGAUAGAACUCAAAAACUACAAUUCAAAGAUUUUGAUACCUUUCACCAUCGUGAAGAACAAGGAAGGCAAGGAUACGAUGCACAUGAAGGAGUUCAAAAACGAAUUUGACAUUAAAGACGGAGCUCACUAUUCGUUGACCAAUCUCUUCAAUGGCAAUAAAGUUUUGAGUGAUAGUAUGCUGAAAUUUAUGAAUGAAAAUUGGAAGCUCCUAUCCACAGAAUUCGGAGGAACCUUGAUGCAGAAACCAAACAAAAAGAUAUUUCACGUAAUUAGAAAGUAUCUACACAACAAACCCAUUGGCGAAAUCUUAGAUGUUUAAGAUUUUAUACCAAAAACUAGUCAUAAGUAUACUAAAUAGACAUGCAUGUAUAAUUUCUUUUAAUGUGAGGUGGACCUAGGACAAUUUAAGUAACCAUGUCACCAUAUUAGCUUUGUCACUAGUUUAAGUACCUAAUUAGUGAUAUUGCUUUAUUGACACACAAGUUCUCAUAUAGAAUAAGAGCCUUUUCGUGUGAACAAUUUCGGCAGCACUUCAGCUGAGCACGCCCAUAGCCCUCGGUCCAACUCAUAUUAAGGUAAGAUUCAUAUUGAGUAAGAUCAACUUGUGGCUUUAGUUAUUAUUAAUAUUCUUAUCGUGAAAAUAUUCUAAACGAAGUUUUUUGGGCCUAAAUUAAAAAGACCGAACAUCAUGUUAUCCUUGCUUGUCUUGCUUGUUAGCUAGCCCAAUUAAAAAACAAAUGGAUUCACUACAGUUCACGUGACUAAAAUUAACUAAACGAAUAAUAUUCAUCAUUGUGUAAUUAUAAGUAAAGUAUUUUUUAUGCAUUUUGACAGAUAUUGACAAUUGAUACUUUCUGCUACUUAUUCGGCCAUUUUUGGACAUUUUGGACUUUUUUCCACUAGAAAGAUAACUAAAGUUGUACUUAUCUUGCCUUUUGUGACUCAUGUGGUGUGUGUGACGUACUUUUAGAUUAGAAAAUAGACCUCAGUCAUUACUAGUUAAGUUUUUGUUUUCAAGACGUGUAAAUGACAAAUCGAUUCUUUGUUUCGUAAAUGUACGGUAUUUGUAAAUAUAGAAAACU